UGGCAACAUCCCAGCGCGUGGGUGAGGGCGUGUAUGAACUUUAAACAAGUCAAACAGGUCGGACCAAUCUCCAACAGGAUGCAUUCUUGGAGAAACUGACAGGGCUGAGGUCUUUAAAGUUGUUAAUGUCUAUACAUUUGUAUUUUUUUAACUGUUAUGUUAUGUAAUGUUAGUCAUUCAAUUUAGAGAAGACGCGCGCGCGCGAGAGAGAGCAGGUACGGCAACAAGUCGCAACAUGACUGACAGUGAAUUCAUUCAGAGUGAAUUUUGUGCUUAUGACUUGGAGUUUGCUAACGGGAGCGAGCAGAAGACAGGGGAGUAAAGUUAGACGGGUAAGUAAGUUAGUACGGUCCUGCAGUUAAAGAGGACAAUAUCUUUGAGUUGUUUUGGCGUCUUCUGUGCGCAAACGCGCCCUCAGCGGGCGAUGCCGCCGGUGGCUCUAUGGCGCACAGGACUGCUGCUCAGCUUCCUCUGUUCCUGCGCAUGUCUGGAGAAAGAGUGCGUCCUUGGCAUAGUGGGGCGGCCAGUCUCACUGCCCUGCGUUUACCCCCAGUUAUUAACCUCUGUGAAUGUUUCCAUUGAGUGGAGGAGAGGUGAAGAAGUAGUGCUCAAAUCAGUGUGGAAAAAGGAUGGCGAUGUGGAGGAAUGGAGCAUUAACAGGGCCACAACCCCAGCGGACGCAGCACUGACUGGGAACGUCUCUCUGCAGCUGCCCACAGUUGAUCCUACAGAGCACAACACCUACUAUUACAGUCUCCUCUUCAUUUCAGGGGAGAAUCACAGCACUGAGCUGUGCACUGUGUGCCUCAGGACAGCAGCCGGUUUCAGCUCCCCGCUGCUGCAGAGGGAAGAGGCCCAGCAGGGAGAUGAGGCAUCCUUCAUGUGUCACUCCACUGGUGGUUUUCCUGAACCUGCAGUUUACUGGCUCAUCAACAACACAGAGGAGCCCCCCGAAGGCUCAGUGAGGACCCUGGCGGCAUUACUCCCAGACUCCCAUCUGUACAACAUCACAAGCUACCUGACGGCCAACAUUUCCAAAGACGCCAGCGUGUCAUGCAUCGUAGAGAACCUGACCAUGAACGAAACCUUGACAUCUACAAAGUAUGGAUUGAAGGGCAGCCCUGUGGUGGGUCGAGCAUCCGCAGCCUUGUGGCUCUUGAGCACGGCUCUGUGUGUGGUGGUCGGGGCCAUGGUGCUGGCAGGAGUCAUCUAUCAGAUUCACCUGGACAGGAUGAGUAAUAGGAAGAAGAACGAGUACCUAGAGCAGCACCCUAACAGAGGAUAUAAACGUCGAUGUCCAGACAACGAGGAGGAGGUGGAGGAGAUGAAGCCGGAGGGAAAGGAGACCGAUGUGUAAAACAAAUCCUCAUUAACGGUCACUUUUCGGACCUGACUCAAAUAGAGCGCUGGCUUGUAAAUAUGGAUUUUUUUGUGACUGCUAGGGUCACCAUGUCAAUAUUCAAUACAAGUAGUGGGUCCAAUGUAGAUAUACGUAUAGUGUCUCUAACUAACCCUUGUGUUAAACCUUGUGUUGUCUUCCCGAAAACUUUUUCCCAAUGUUUUUUACGCCUUUUUUUUUUUUUUUUGCUU